AUGUUCAAAAAAGACCUCCCCGUCGCUCCCAAGCAAAAGCUCAAAUCCUCCGUCCAGCGCUCCCUCCGCAACUCCCUCCUCGCAACCUACCCCCUCCUGACGCCUUACAUCGACGAGAUCAUGCCCAAGAAGGGCUCCCUCGAGAGCAUGAAGCUGCCCGACCGCAACACGCUCUACGUGCUCGACUCGGUGCCCCUGUUCUACCAGCAGGACGGCUCCGACCUGCUGCCGCACCUCAAGCUCGUGCACCGCUUCCCGCAGGCAUUUCCCAGCAUCCGCAUAGAUCGCGGGGCGAUUCGCUUCGUGCUCUCCGGCGCGACGCUCAUGGCGCCCGGGUUGACGUCCAAGGGGGGCAGACUGCCUGUGGAGGGCGCGAAGCCGUUGGAGGAGGGCAAGGAGAUGGAGCAGGGGAUUGUGGAGGAUGGGCGGUGGAGCAGGGAGUUGGCCAAGGGGGAGCCGGUGGUGAUUAUGGCGGAGGGCAAGGAGGAGGCGUGUGCGGUUGGGAUUUUGGUUGCGGGUACGGAUGAGGUUAAGGCGAAGGGUAAGGGGCCCGUGGUGGAGGAUGCGCAUUUCUUGGGAGAUGGACUGUGGUGUUUGCAUGCGUAG